GCUGACAAGAUGGCGGCUGGCGGGGCUGUUGCUGCGGCGCCCGAGUGCCGGCUUCUGCCCUACGCGCUACACAAGUGGAGCUCCUUCUCCUCCACCUACCUUCCCGAGAACAUUUUAGUGGAUAAACCAAAUGAUCAGUCUUCAAGGUGGUCUUCAGAGAGCAACUAUCCUCCCCAGUACUUGAUUCUGAAGCUUGAAAGGCCUGCUAUAGUACAGAAUAUCACAUUUGGAAAAUAUGAGAAAACUCAUGUCUGCAAUUUGAAGAAAUUUAAAGUCUUUGGUGGAAUGAAUGAAGAAAACAUGACAGAGCUAUUGUCCAGUGGCUUAAAGAAUGAUUAUAACAAAGAAACAUUUACCUUGAAGCAUAAAAUUGAUGAACAGAUGUUUCCUUGUCGAUUCAUUAAAAUAGGUAAGGUUUUUAGCAUAUUGGAAUAGAAGUAAAUUCUUUUCUUUUCUUUUUUUUUUUUUUUUUGUCUUUUGCCAUUUGUUGGGCCGCUCCCGCGGCAUAUGGCGGUUCCCAGGCUAGGGGUCUAAUUGGAGCUGUUGACGCCAGCCUACACCAGAACCACAGCAGCGCGGGAUCCGAGCCGCGUCUGUGACCUACACCACAGCUCACGGCAACGCCGGAUCCUUAACCCACUGAGCAAGGGCAGAGAUCGAACCCACAACCUCAUGGUUCCUAGUUGGAUUCGUUAACCACUGCGCCACGAUGGGAACUCCAGAAAUAAAUUCUUUAUGCUCUCAGUCACCAAAUGACAGCCUGUGGGCCAAAUCCUUCAGGUUCCCUGUUUUUUCAAAUAAAAAUUUAUGGGAACAGUGCCAUACUGGUUUUUCACAUAAUGUCUGUGUCUGCUCUUGGACUAUAAUGAGAAAGUUGAGUAACUGCAAGAAACCGCAAAGCCCAAAAUGUUUACAGCUUAGCUGAUCCCUACUUUAUAAAUCUGUAACUAAAUGACAGUUAUUGCAAAUGGAACUUUUUAAAAAUACUUUCUGAUUUCAAAGUUUCUUAGAUUUUGCGAGAUAAAAUGGUUUCCUUGAUUAUUUAAUGGAGGGUAUCAGUUGUUCUAAAGUUGUAUCAUUGUAAUACCAAAUGCUAAUGAGUUCCUUAAGGCAGUAUAUUAUGGUUAUUUUCUAUUCGCUUUUGUAUUUCUUUUUGUGUGUGAAAACAUUGGUCAAACACAAAAGCUAAUAAGUUGCGAAGAAUAUUUGAAAAAUACUACCUGAAGCAUGUGUUUAUUUAGCAAGUAUUUUAGCUUAAAGUAUUUGUAAUGCUCCCUCAUAAGUAGUAUUUUUAGAGUUAUUUUGUUUUCCUUUAAAAUGUGCUAUUUAAAAGUUGGGAAGUUGAGUGCUUAUGUCUUUGAAUUUCCAACUACAUUUCAAACUUUUGAAAAUAUUAUGUUAAAAUUGGGAUUAAAGUAAAUCAGAACCCUUAAAGAAUGAUAAUAAAAGCCAGAAUCCAGUGCUUUUAUUUGGGAGAAAAAUUCCUCUUUUAGAAUGAACAGUUCCAUAGUCAUUGUUUGCCAGUCUGUCAAGAGUCGGACUGUUUAUUUCAUUUAAUCAGUUCCGUUAGACAGAAAGAGUAUCUGAGGUCUUAAUAAAGGCUACUUAUAAAGGGAAAACUACUUUUAGAAUCAUUGGGCUGUUCGGUGUGUUACUUUCUUUUAUAAAUAUAGUUUCUUUUUUUUUUUGCUUUUUAGGGUUGCAUCCAUGGCAUAUGGAGGUCCCCAGGCUAGGGGUCGAAUUGGACUACAGCUGUCGGCCUACACCACAGCUCAUGGCAACUCCAGAUCCCCAACCCACCAAAGUGAGGCCAGGGAUCGAUCCCACAGCCUCAUGGUUCCUUGUCAGAUUCGUAUCCGCUGCGCCACAACAGGAACUCCUAGUUUCUGUUCUUAUAAUAAGUAAUUGUAAGUAAAAACUUGUGGUUAUUUACUUACUUAUGAGAAGAAGCAAAGAAUUUACCUAUGAAAAAAAGCAAAUUUUUAAUUUAAACUCUUGGUGGUUUCUUCUUUCGUGCUAAUGAGUGGUUCUUUCCUCACUAUGCAGACCACCCAUUUCUUACAGACUUGAUAGGUUAAACAGUUUAUAAUCUUAUAUUUCAAAUGUACAGUGAAAAUGUCUUAUGUUUUCAUAUGGUAAAUUUAGAUUUUACAGCUUUAAAGUACUUAUUCAAUACCUAUAAUUGCUUAGUCAUGCAAAAGGAAAUGUUCUCUCUCUCCUUUCUCUUUUUCAGUUCUUUUUUAUUUGCACCUUUUGGGGCACAUUUCCUAUAGUCAUUAGUUUUCUUUGAAGGAAAAUAUCUAUUACUACUGCUUCUAUAAUUCUUAAUCCUCUAGUAUUUUUCAUUAGAAUAAGUAUGAAUAAAAGUCUCUUGAGGGAAGUUGAAUAUUUUCUUCCCUUAAAAAUUUAUAACAAAACAGAGGUCUCUUAUGGAUCAGUUAGACAUUCAGCUGCUUGAAAACAAGAAAUUGGACCCCUUUCCAGCCCUUUCUAUCAGCCUUCUAAUUGUAGGGCAUGAUGACAUUUUUUAUGUGACUCUGGUGGGCUAGUUUUAUGGUAUUCAAGCAAAAUGUUAAUUAGAGCUUUUCAAAUAAUUAAAGAACUUAUUAACUCAUUUGAUAUUUAGAAUUUUAAUAUUAUGUAACUUCAUAUUUCUUACUUUUCUGUUAAAAAAGAUUAAUAAUGGUCUGCAAUGUUUUUGCUUUCUAACGUUUUCCCAACAUUCUCUUGAGAAGUUUUUUUUUUUUUUAAUAAUAUGAGGAAAAUGUGAAACUAAAAGCCUAUAUUAGGUUAGUUUUUUUUAGUUUGUUUUUUUUUUUUUUUUGAUCGUUUCAAAUAAACACUUCAGUGAUGUGUAGCUUUCUUUUGGUGGUGUGAUUCAGCGCAGGUAUUUGUUUACCUGGUUGGGAUAAAUUGUUGGAAUUCUUCUUAAAAGAAAAACUGUAUUUGAAUACUUUAAGUUUCUAUCCUACAAUUACAUGUUUGAAAGCUCUUGCUUUAUUUUUAAAAAUAAGUUUAUUCUUAACACAAUUUCUAAAUAUAGUCAACCUCAGCCUUCAAUCAUUCAUAGUAAUGGAAGGGAACAGAAGCAAGGCUUAAUUCAAUAGCACAUAAUCUCCAUAUCAUGCACUGACAUCUGGACAUGAUAAUUUGCAUUUAUAAUGAAUAUAGCUUUUUCAUUAAAUUUGACUUAGACUGAAUUUAAGUUUGUUUGCAAAUUAACAAGGAAAAUAAGCUCUUAUUUUUGCUGCAUGUCAGGGCUUAGGUUUUAAGAUCUGUUCUGGAUAAUCAGCAUAGCUGAACUGACUUUAGGUAAAUUUUGCUUACCUUUCUUAGUUAUCUUUUGUAUAAAAUGAGUAUGAUAUUACCUUCUCCAUCUAAUAAUAAGUUAAGUAGCUUGAGUUCUUUUGUAGUUUGUAGAUGAAUGGUAGUCUUUUAAAUUUUAAUUUAAGAUCAUAUGUACGAAGGAAAUAAUUUUGUUUUGAAUGUCUCUUUUUUAUAUCCUUAUUCAUAAAGCUUUUUUUCUUUUUUUUUUUUCAUGGUUGCACCUGUGGCAUAUGGAAGUUCCCAGGCUAGGGGUUGAAUCCAAGAUGCAACUGCAACCUACACUGACCACAACACCACAUCUUUUAACCCACUGUGCCAGACCAGGGAUUGAACCUGCACCUCUGCAGUGACCUGAGCCACUGCGGUCAGAUUCUUAACACACUGUGCUAUAGUGGGAACUCCCAUAAAGCUCUUGAUGACAUGCCUUCUUACAUGCAGUAUUUUAAGUCCUAUAGAAAAAAGUACAUGCACAAAUAUAAUUUUAACUGCCAUGUUAUUUCAGCAGUCAUUAUUUAGAGGUUCUUAGAUUUUUACUGUUUUUGAGUUGUAGGUGCUUUCACAUGUGGUAUCUCAUUUGAAUCUUAUACUGGAAGAUAACAGUUUUUCCUUUUUUUGGUUGAGGAAUAAGAGUAGAAGUCAAAUUAUGUUUCCCAGACCACAUAGCUAGUAAGUGAUUGAUCAGAAGCAUAGCAUUUAGUAUGUGUUUGUAUUCCUUAUAAUAAAUAUUGAUUAUGAAGCAUCUGUCUAACACUUUGUGAAAUGGGUAUUAGUAUUACUACACUCGCUUUACAGAUGAGGAAACUGAAGUUUAGAGGUAGAUUAAAUGACUGGGCCAAGACCUUACAGGUAGUAGAAGGUAGAGAUGGGAUACAAACUUAAGUCUGUCGUUUUACAGGUGUUGAGUUCUAUUACUAAUGUGAUAUAUGUAAGUUUUGUUUCCCCAGGUAGAUUGUGAAAUCCUAGGGGAUGGCAGCUGUCUUCCCUUUCCUCAAAUUUCAGAAGCGCCAAGCAAAUUGCUUGCCUCAUAGAGACAUUGUAUAUAUACUUUUUGAGUUUAUGGCACAGUAGUUUACAGAGAUUAAUCAGUGGCUUUAAUCAUCAAGUGAAUUUGAUGGAGGAGAAGUUAUAUCUUUGUUCUCUAACCUUUAACAAAUGUAUUUAGCCUUUCCUUUAAUUAUGAAUAUAGGCAGUAGUAACUCACAGUAUUUGUAAUACCUGUGACUUGUCACAGAUAGAAGUUACAAAUUUUUCCCAUCACAUUAUACUGUUGCAAAUAUUAUCAUGACUUUGAGAUUAGAUAAUUAUUAGACCUGCCACUAGAUCGUGUUAUCAAAUGUGGUAAUAAAAAGCACACAUUUCUAUGUCGUAAUUUUAUUAUUUUAUUGCUGUAUUUCAAUAUAAUCCGCUUACUCUGUAAUCCUCUGUAUUUUCCUUUUUGCAUUUAAAUCUGAGGAAUGUUGGUCACAGGAUUCACUGAACAGCCAAAAGGGGUUCACCACACAAAAAAAGCCAAAGAUCCCAUGCUGCAGUGAAGUCUUUGAUAGGACUUAGUGUGGAAGUUGAGAGUUGGCCUUAGGAAGAAGCUUGGUUUCAGUUCCACUCUUAUCGUGGGGACCCAGCUUUAACUUUAGCAUCUGGUAUGUUGAACUUAGCGGCAUUGAUGAUCCUGAUGUAGUACAACCCUGUCUCAACUGGUACAGCAAGUACCGCGAACAGGAAGCCAUUCGCCUUUGCCUAAAACACUUUAGACAACAUAACUAUACAGAGGCCUUUGAAUCACUGCAAAAGAAAACCAAGAUUGCACUGGAACAUCCCAUGUUAACAGAUCUGCAUGAUAAAUUGGUAUUGAAGGGUGAUUUUGAUGCUUGUGAAGAAUUGAUUGAAAAAGCUGUAAAUGAUGGCUUGUUCAAUCAGUAUAUCAGCCAACAGGAAUAUAAGCCACGGUGGAGUCAAAUCAUUCCCAAAAGCACCAAAGGUGAUGGAGAAGAUAACCGACCAGGAAUGAGAGGAGGCCAUCAGAUGGUUAUUGAUGUUCAAACAGAGACCGUUUAUUUGUUUGGUGGCUGGGAUGGAACACAAGAUCUUGCUGACUUCUGGGCAUACAGUGUGAAGGAGAACCAGUGGACAUGUAUCUCUAGAGACACUGAGAAAGAGAAUGGUCCUAGUGCUAGAUCAUGUCAUAAAAUGUGCAUUGACAUUCAGCGAAGGCAAAUCUACACAUUGGGGCGUUAUUUGGAUUCCUCUGUGAGGAACAGCAAAUCUCUGAAAAGUGAUUUCUAUCGUUAUGACAUUGACACAAACACAUGGAUGUUACUCAGUGAGGAUACUGCUGCUGACGGAGGACCGAAAUUGGUGUUUGAUCAUCAGAUGUGUAUGGACUCAGAAAAACAUAUGAUCUACACCUUUGGUGGUAGAAUUUUGACAUGUAAUGGCAGCGUAGACGACAGCAGAGCCAGUGAACCACAGUUCAGUGGGUUGUUUGCUUUCAACUGUCAGUGUCAAACCUGGAAACUUCUUCGAGAGGACUCCUGUAAUGCUGGGCCUGAGGACAUCCAGUCUCGGAUAGGACACUGCAUGCUGUUCCACUCAAAAAAUCGUUGCUUAUAUGUAUUUGGUGGCCAGAGAUCGAAGACCUAUUUGAAUGAUUUCUUUAGUUAUGAUGUGGACUCUGAUCAUGUAGACAUAAUAUCAGAUGGUACCAAGAAAGACUCUGGAAUGGUUCCAAUGACAGGAUUCACACAGAGAGCAACCAUUGAUCCAGAACUGAAUGAAAUACAUGUCUUAUCUGGACUCAGCAAAGACAAGGAAAAGAGGGAAGAGAAUGUCAGAAAUUCAUUCUGGAUUUAUGACAUUGUAAGGAAUAGUUGGUCUUGUGUCUAUAAGAAUGAUCAGGCUGCAAAGGAUAAUCCAAGUAAAAGUCUUCAGGAGGAAGAACCAUGUCCACGAUUUGCCCAUCAGCUUGUAUAUGAUGAAUUACACAAGGUUCAUUAUUUAUUUGGUGGGAAUCCAGGAAAAUCUUGCUCCCCAAAGAUGAGAUUAGAUGACUUCUGGUCACUGAAAUUGUGUAGGCCUUCAAAAGAUUACUUACUGAGACAUUGCAAGUACCUCAUAAGGAAACACAGGUUUGAAGAAAAGGCCCAAAUGGAUCCCCUUAGUGCUCUGAAAUAUUUACAAAAUGAUCUUUAUAUAACUGUGGAUCAUUCAGACCCAGAAGAGACGAAAGAGUUUCAGCUCCUAGCUUCAGCUCUAUUUAAAUCUGGUUCAGAUUUCACAGCUCUAGGCUUUUCGGAUGUGGAUCACACCUAUGCUCAAAGAACUCAGCUCUUUGACACCUUAGUAAAUUUCUUUCCUGACAGCAUGACUCCUCCUAAAGGCAACCUGGUGGACCUCAUCACACUGUGACUGAAGAAUCCCUGGAUAGAAAUGGAGCACAGGAGUCUGCUUUCAGUGUUUUGGAUUUCAACUCUGUUGGCUGACAGUUAGGCUGCAGUGACCGAGGACUGCACCAGAAUUUUGAAGGGAUCUUUGCUGUCACAAGUUUUAACCCUGUUCUGUCAUACCUAACCUCAACCCUAUAGUCCUCAUCCCAUUCCUAAAUUAGACUAAUAAAGUGAAAUUGAUAUACUUUCCAUUUAAAUACAUAUAUUUUUUCUUACUUUUAAGAAUUCAUGAAUAUAAAAGAAAAAAUAAUCAGGCAGUAUAUACCCUUUUCUGAUUUUUAUUUCAUUUUUAUAUAAUUGGGACAAGUAAGCACUGUUCACAGACUCAGUGCUACAAGAAUUGGGAUUUUGUUGUUGGGUUUUUCGGCCUUUUUUCUUUCUCCUUCCCUCCCAUUUCACUUUACCUCGCAUCACAGAACUGCUUGUAAGUGAUAUGUAACAUUUGUUUACCUCUUUACUUCAUUCUUAACAGUAUAUAGUUCUGUGGGGCAGUUGAUGUAUGUUUAAGUGAUAUAUGUGUCUUUGUUGACUAGAGUCUUGUAUUACAUUAAACAAUAGGAGGAACAGAGGGCUCAAAUUUAUGCUCCUUGUCCUAGAACUAAAAAGUGAAACCUGAGGUUGAUCCAGGCACUUAUCUGAGAUUGGUAUAUAGUAUUUCUAUGAUGAUAUAUUUUAUAGUGGAUAUUACAAAGCUUUGAGUCACAGAAACCUUAAACAGGCGAGAAUAUAGUUCAGAACCCUUAAGAGCCAUUCUCAAAAUUACCAGCAGGAGAAUUCUAGUAGUGAUUAAUAUGUUCAUUGAUACCUUUGUAACAAUUUUGGGUGAAAAUGACUUUUUCCCCCAGUAGCGCCAUGCAGGACCAGGCCUUUGAUUUCUUCCCUGUGCUAUCUCUUUGUAGCAUUUUCAUUUGGGAGGGUGAGUUUCCAGAGCUACGCUUUUGUUUAUUGCCAUACACAUUAGCUUCCCUAUGUCUACUUCUAAACACUGAUAUUUUAAAGAAUAAUGGUUCAUAGUUGUCCAGGGGAAUGCAACUGACUUGCAUUUCAUUAAGCACACAGCCCAGGCUUCUUUUAAUGGAGAAAAAGAAAAAUAGUGGUGCAAAUAUUUUUUUAUCAAACUGAGGCAGAUGGGCUUUUCCACUCUUCCUUUUGCUUAUUUGUUUUGGUUUUAGUUUGGUUUUUUGAUGAGGAGUGGAGGUACAUAUCAUUCCGUGAUAUGCUGUGGAAUGCAAUAUAGGAAACUUCUACCUGGCCAGUGCUUAUUUGCUCAGAAAGUGUGCUGCCUACAACUGAUACCCACCCUGCUUAAAGCAAGCUAAGUAUAAUUAAGUGGCCAUCAGUCAGUGGCUCUUCCUAGUGAAUGACUUUAGAGAAUUUAGUAUGUAUCUGUGUAGCAAGAUUAGGCCUCACCAAAGAGAGAAGAAAUUGAUUUGCACUUUUGAGAAGUCUCAUGUAUAAGAAUUGGGACUUUUUGUUUUUUGAAGGAAAGAGACUUUGAGGUCCCUCUUCAGUCUGUUGAUAUUACGUGGUUUCAUGAAAGUCUUUGGGAGUAGACAAAAAUAUACCUGUCUUAGUUCCAGGCUUGAAUCUUGGGCUCCUUGGCUUUCCAAGCAUAUCCCAAAGCAAUCAGUAGUGAUUUAUUAAACAAUUAGAUUUGUUCCUUACUUAUGAAAGAUAUAAUACAUAAUUCAGUAAAUACUAAGUUGUGUAGCUGCAGAAUAACCAACUGACUUUACAGGUGAGCAGAUAGAAUCUACUUACAUACUUACACAGCUUCAUAAAGGAUUUCCCUGAAUGACAUAAAACAUUAAUAUUGCUAAUAUUGUAGCCUGUUGAACUUGCUAAGAAUUUCUGAAUUUAAAAAGCUCUAGUUUUGCUUACUAUGAGUUCUGGCACUUUAAAAACAGUAACCAAAUGAAAUUCUGCUGCCCUCCACCAUUUAUUUUUAUGGUCAUUUUUUCCAUUAGUUCCUUAGACUCUAUAUUUACAGGGAACUCAGUUCUUGAACUCAGUGAUUUUGCUUUUAUUUUUCCCCAACUCUACUAGCUGGUUUUUGUUGUUGUUGUUGUUUCUUUUGUUUUUUGUUUUUUUUGUUUUUGUUUUUGUUUUUUUUGUCUUUUUGCUAUUUCUUGGGCUGCUCCUGCGGCAUAUGGAGGUUCCCAGGCUAGGGAUCCAAUCGGAGCUGUCGCCACUGGCCUGCACCAGUGCCACAGCAACACGGGAUCCGAGCUGCGUCUGCAACCUGCACCACAGCUCACGGCAAUGCCGGAUCAUUAACCCACUGAGCAAGGUCAGGGACCGAACCCGCAACCUCAUGGUUCCUAGUCGGAUUCGUUAACCACUGCGCCACGACGGGAACUCCUAGCUGUGUUUUUAAACAGGCUUGUUUUUAGUUUCAUCUUUCUCACUUAAAAGCUUUUCCCUUUUCUUCAGUUAUAGAAUUUUUUUUCACUAACAUGUUUAAAUGGAGUUGAGUCAUAGCAAACCAUUUAGUGUUGCUUAAGUGACAUAGACUGUACUUAGCAGGCUAUUGUCUAGAUAAGUCAGAAUGUGUACUGUGGAGCUUGAAUGGGGCGCUGCUGGUAAUGAUUGCGGGAGAAUGUAGGGCUUCAUUAUAUCCAUGACCAGGAUUGACACAUUGCUCACCUUUCACAUCAGAGCCCUGAUCUGAAACCUGUUUAUAUAGUGUGGAGCUACCUGUGUUUCCAAGUAUUCCAGCAGUAUAAAUUAAAUAAUCUAAUUUGGUAUUUAGAUACAUUGUUGAGGUAGCCAAAUAUCUAUGCUUUCCUGCUUAAUUCUUCGAUGCUAGCUUAGUUAGUCCCAGAUUCAAACACCUUGUUUUAGAUGAACUAGUGGUGGUACAAUUUGCUCAAUUUCAUUAUCCCUAGCUUCAAGUCCAUGCCCAUUUCUCUUUUUCCUAGUGGAAUUUUUUUUUUUUUUUUUUUUUUUUUUUUGGCCAUAGCAUGUGGCCAGGUCAGGGGUUGAACCUGUACCACAGCAGGGACCCAAGCUGCUGCAAUGACAACACCGGGUCCUUAACCUGAGCCACAGGGGAACUCCUCCAAUGGAAUAUAUUACUCCAAAAAAAGUAAACUAGAAAUAAGCUAGAGCUCUCAUAUUAUUUUCAGUGCUUGUACUUCAUGAGAAAUUAUCUGAUUUGCAAGAUACUUCUAAAGUGCAUUUGCAUUUUGUAGAAUAACAGAGACCUCCUGUGGCCAGCUUGAUUAAUUCAAAUACAUCCGUUUCUUAUGAAGCAAAGAAAUUCAGACUUGGGUGCCUAACUCCGUGCUAAAGCUGACAGUAUUAACUUUUAACAAGGUCUUUUUUGACCUGGUUUUCAUUAGAACUGACUUGCCCAUGUCUGAUAAGUCAAAACUAAUAGAAAACAUUAGAAAGUUGAUUUAUCAUGGGAAGUCUGGUUGGGUUUAGAGCUCAGUAAUUUAAGAUUGUAAAACUGCGUUCUUCAGUGAAAUACGUCUGCUGAAUAUAAAUAGUUUGCCAGCUUAUCUGUCUUGUGGAUCUCUUCUCAUCUGCCUUAAAAGUUCUAUUUAUAGAUACAUUAAUAGUUUCAUGUUUUAAAAUCUAAUUUACAAAUAAAAACUAGUUUGAGGCACUUCAUCAUUUGGUGAGAGAUUGAGAAUGAUGGCUGAUGAAUCAAAAAGCACUUGGAAAGGAAUAUGUAUCUGAUUUUUUCUGAAUUAUUUUCAGUGUCAUGGUUAAUUACGUGACGAAGUCACCCUAUAAUUAUUCUUAACACCAUGUGAAAUUCAUUGGGUAAUUGUGGGUCAUUUGAUUAUUUCCUGGGUGAAUGUUGUAUUAACUCUAGCUGGUUGAAUGCUGCAGGGCAGUUGAGAAUUAAAUUUGGAAUUGAUUUCUGUGGUAGAGGAUCAUUACGUUGGUUGCGUACUCGAAACAAGAUCAUCUAGCUAUUAAAAAUAAAUCAUUUGUUAACUCUUCUUAAAAAAUACGUGUUCAUAUGCAGUUUCUUCCUUUUGCAGACAUUCUGGCCUGCACGUUCCCUAAGUGUUCAGUUUUUAAGAUAGUCCUUGAUCUGAAAAGUGCAGGCUCCCUCAGAAAAAGUUUGUAGUUAUUAGAGGAGCAAUCAUAGAGGGUCUGCGUGUGACAACAGUUGUAGAUUACGUCUUUGGGUUCUUUCACUCACAAUUUUUAUAGUCACAUAACCUUAUUCUUGGGUGAUUUUUGACUGUGGCCUGCCUCUCACUAUUAUUUGUAUGAAUGCUGAAAUGAUGUGGAAGUUUUAAAGUUUGUUGAAAUGAUUCAUUAGGAGCUAACUAGAUCAGAACAUUUGUUUUAGCGAGGAAGAGUCAUGAUUGCAGUUUAUUGAUUUCUUCACCAAAUGCUUUCUCAUUUUUUUCCAAAAAAUAAAACUAUCUUAAGAGAUUUUAUUCAUACAUAAUCUUUAAACCUUGAUUUCUUCCUACCCACCAAAUACUUUCAAUUGUUUUCAUUAUUUUUCUUAGCUCAUCUGGCUUUAUUCUUUGCUUUUUUAGCACUAAACUUCCUAGAUUUUCUGUGGCAUUGCUUACAAGUGUUACACUCCUUGCAGAAAACAGGUCAAAAUCUGAGGCAAACAUGCUCUUUUAUCCUUGUUUACAACAACAGAAUAGUGAAAUUAAAAAUCGUACAUUAUUAUAGAAUUUGUAAUGUUCAGGCACUGCUAUAAAAAAUACUUGAACCAUUUUCACUUAGGGAAUAGUAAUACAGCUGUAGAAGCUUUAGGAAAGGAGCCAGUGUUGGCUGCUGUCCCUGGCACUAGGACAUACAGUCAUAAAACUGUUGAUAAGGUGCAAGUUUCAUAGCAGAGCUCAUAGAAUUCAGCACUUCACCAGAAUGUCCAUUUGCCUAUUGUCCUCUCUGUAUUUUUAGCCUUUUCCCCCACUCCGACCUCCCCGAGUAGCAUUGAUUUUCUGCUAAAGUUGGAAUUUGUGUGAAGAAUUCACUUUUAAUUUCUGAGAUAACUGAAUAUCAGGAAUAGCUUUGCUUGCUAUGAAUUUGAUAUUCAUUUUUUCUUAAAUAAAAUUAGUGAUCUUAUAAAUGUCUCUCCCCCUCGAGAAUGUGCGUUUAGCUCGAAUUCUGAAUGACAAAGUCUUAUUCCCAAUCAUAGCCAGUGAUGAAACCCUCUGACAAUAAAUUCUAUAGCCCUUAACCCAAGGAGUUUACAGUAAACUAGGUUUUCUAGUGGUGCAGAAAUAUCUUUGUGGAAAAGCACGUCACUGUCUGUCUUUUUCUGUCAGGUAAAACUCUGCAGUUAUAGAUCUUGAACUGGAUCCCAAUUCAGAACUUAAGAACUUCAACACUAAAGGGUAGCUCUAGUUCAUCUUCUACAACAGUUAUUAUUUGAAAUAAGAUUUCCAAAUCUAUGCUAUCAUGUCCUCAAACACUAUCUUAACUGUAUUGAAAAUAGAACGUCAUAUGGCUGUUAUCUAAGGACUGAGGUCAGCAACAAAAAAAGUGGGUGGUGUUUAGCAGAGAAGUAGGCCACUUCUAUCACUUGUAAUUGUGAACUAAUUUGUCUUUUUAUUUGCUGGACAAACAGUCUCCAUGAACUUGUGCACGAUGUCCUGUUUUGCCUAUCUGUGGCAUUUUUACUUGGAGAUAGUGAACUUCAGGAACAGAACUAGAGAGAAUGAGGGUAUGUUAGAGGAAGAAUAAAAUAGGAGCUUUUUGCUCAUGGAUCUGAAGGUCCACAAAUCUAAAACAAAAGAAAGCUCUUCAUUUAUAACCCUAAAUUUAAUGCAGUGCUGAGAAGAAGAGGAUCAAAAGGGAUCAAAGUUCAGUUAUUCUGAAUAGUCUUUGGAAAGCAGCAUUUCUUGGUUAAUCGCUUUUCUUACCAUCUCCCAAAUACUUGAUAGCGAUCUUAAAACAGAAAACCCAGGGUAAUAGGCUCUAGAUCUUAAACUAGGUGAGCAGUUUCUUUUUUUUCUUUUUUUGUCUUUUGUCUUUUUAGGCCUGCACCUGCAGCAUAUAGAGAUUCCCAGGCUGGAUCAGAGCUGUAGCUGCCAGCCUACACCACAGCAAUGCCAGAUCCUUAACCCACUGAGCGAGUCCAGGGAUCAAACCUGCAACCCCAUGGUUCCUAGUCGGAUUCAUCUCCACUGUGCCACGACGGGAACUCCAGGUGAGCAGAUUUUUACGUACAGCUGAGUUCCUUGAUAAGGAUCCAGAGGGAAAAUCAGCAGUAAAACAUUUUAACAUGCAGUUUUGGGGGCGCCCAGGAGACUCGCUUUUUCAAAAAGUUUAACCUCUUACUGCAACACUGCUCGGUACCAUCUGGGAUGCUAGCAUUCACAGCAGUUAGUUCGGAUAUCUGAGCUGUCUGCCACAUGAAUACCAGCCUGAGGAGAUCAUCAUUCUUCAGUAUCAUUCAGUGCUUAACGAGUGCCAAAUUAACUGGCAGGGAGGAAAAACGCUAAUACACUGAACAGGCUUGUGUGCAUGAUUAAGGAGCUACUCAAGUAACCAAUUUUGAGCUUAAUUUCACUCCUUUGUUAACAAAUCUCAAGAAAGCCUUUGUUACAGUUUCACUAGUAGUCAUUUGGUUGGUGUUCAUUUUCCAGCCCUUUAAAAUAGGAAGAAAAUUGUAAUUUCAUGUUCAACUUCUAACCCAUACAGAAUUGCACUGACAUCAAUUUAGUUUCCAUGUUUUAAAAUAAUUAUACAUAGUCCAAAGGGUCUCUGUUUAUUCUACUUUGCCAGGAAAUACAUGAGUUCUGGGCUUGGCCUUAGAAGUAUGUAAUAAUUUUGGCUUAUUCUGUAGGUUUCCUCCACAUCUAUAAUAUGAUUAAUUAGAGACGGUAUCUAGAAUAAGUUCAACUCCAUUGCAACUGGCAGAGCUUUAUAAAUUCAUUUUGCAACAAAGGAAAAGACCUUAUACCAUCAGGGCCCUGCCAUCAGAUUUUGGCAAGUGACUGUUUUAGCGCGUUGCCCUGUAGUUGCUGUGUUUACCUUAUUAAGAUGAAAGAAGGAAAACUGAGGGCAGAGGUAUGUAGCUUUAUAUUUCCUGAAUUGCCUCUUUUAGAAGUCUUAGAGAACUUGCAUCUUUGUAAAGGCUUGGCUUAAUUUUACACACACAUAUUAACUACACUUGCAAGAGCACUGAAUACAAAGUUAUAAGACAUGUUAAAGUAAUUGUAUACCCAACCCCAAAUUCAGUAGUAGGGUAUUAAAGUCCAAAUGUUUAAAUGUGGGUAGUCUAUGGGGAAGAUACAUGUUUUUGAAAGUCAUAUACAUAUUUCCUCUUUGAGAUAUAUUUUUCUUUCAAAAACAAGAAAAACGACCUAGUGACCAGUUGUAAAUUGUUUUCUCCCUCAAUUGUAAACCACCCUUUAGUGAAAUAAAAGUGGACUCUCUUAGGCGUUACAUUUAGCUUGACCAAGAGAUGCUGUGAUUGUGUCAUUCUUUAAGCCUGAUUGCUUUUUUGACUUAUGUAAAAUGUCUUUUCAAUGGAAUGAAAAUAGCAUAGUAUUAAUUUUCCUUUACAUAUUGUCUUCAGCUCAGUGUAGAAAUUGUAAAGUAAUGAGACAUGUUUCUAUGAGCAGAUUCUUUGAUGGAGAUAGGUUUUUCUUCCCUGUCACCACUUCAAAAUCUGUACAACUGAAUCUGCAGCCUCAGAAGAGUACAGGAAAGCUUAGGGUCUCCUUUUCUUGUGUUGAUCUUGGCUACAAAAAAUUUUCCAUCUUUUCAAUGGAAGUGUGUGUGUUAUAUGCAGCUUGGGAAAGAUGUUAGUUUUUUUGUUUGUUUGUUUGUUUGUUUGUUUGUUUUUUAAGUCAACUAUUAACAAAUUCGAAGUACUUAUUGGCCAGAAAUGAAGAUCUCUUUAGAUAGAGAUAGAGCCUCAAAACCAAAGUUGGACUGGAGAUUAGGUUGAGAGGGAAGAUGAAGCUCCAUCCAUAGCCAAUAGAACCGUGUCUUUCUGGGUCUGCUUUUUAAUGCUAUUGAGAGCUCCUUUUCUGUUCCAACAGCUCCUAGACUGGAAAUAGGAUAUUACAGUGAAAGUUGUAGAGCGCCGAACAUCUUUUAUGGGCCUUUUCGAUAACAACAUGUUGUUUUUUACGAUUGAAAAAAUAUUUAUCAUAGAAAUUUAGGAAAUUAUUACUGAAGUAAAGAAAGCAAGCCACUAUUAUUUAACUGGUGAGACUCAGGCAUUUUAUUUUCCUGACUUUCUUCUGUUACCCAACAUGGUGAAGGCCGGAAGAAGUAAAACGAAACAAAAAUCUUGACAGAGCCCUUCCUCCUCGUCUUUUACCGCACGUGUGGAGUCUCAGCCCUUGCUAUAUUCCUUUAAAGAAAGCGUUGCCCUUUUCUAGACAGUCCGAAAGCAAUUCUGUUGAUAUAUAUCUUUCAAGCCUAAAUUAUAGAUGUAUUACCCCAAAGCUGCCUUGUUCAGGUCAUUGGAUGUUUUAUCUCAAAGAUUAAUUUGAAUUUUUCAGCCCUUUUUGCACCAUUAUAGAAGUUUGGAGCAUAGUCCCACCCAUGAAGAGCUUUCUGUUUAGAUGGACUUUUUAAUAUGAUGAAACUCACACCCAGAAAGGAUGAAGUACUUUUGAAAGGCCAAGUGUACGCAAAGCAAAACAGACAAAUUUAACGUCAAGUAUAUAAAUAAGGAAUCCUUGAAAACCAGAGCUCCCUUACCGUGCUUAGCAAACGUCUCUCCCCCAAAAAAACGCAUUCUUCUGUUUACCAGCUAAGAUUUAGGAUGUUUGUAUUUCAUUAGUCCUUUUCUUAACGUAUGAAGGAAGAAACUGCAGCCUUUCAGGUUCUAUUCCUUCCUUUCCCCUCAGUAGCGACCUGCAUCCCGUACCUAAACCAGAAGUGGAAAUCGCGAGGGUGGGAAGUCCGGAACACCCGGCAUGAGCUAGUCGGAGGUUUUAAACAGGAGUGUUUUGAGACAUCAGGUGUCUUCUCACAUCAUUCUUGUUCUAAGUCAUUGUUGGGCUGUGUUGCGUGUGUUUUGCAGUCUUCUCCACCCCUCUCAUGAUCCUCCUUGCUUUAAUCUUAUUUUCAACCAAUCCAUAUGGGCUUUUUAGGUUUUCGUUUUGUUUUGUUUCUUAGUACAAAUAAUGUUCUGAUCCCAGUUUUGGUGAAUGUGUUAACACUGCUUUGUGAAUAAAAUGAGUGAUCUGCUGAACAAUUGCAGUUGUAGAAUUAUGUUGUAUGUAAUGUACAUAUGGAGAAAGAAUGUAUUUUGUUCAUUUUCUUAAUAAAAAGUUAUAUAUGGACGCUAAAAGAUGUGCCUUGUGUUUGAAAAAACUGCUUUCGAAGUCACCUUUUUAAAUGUUUGUAUACUUUGCGAUUGUCAAUAUUUUUCCCCAAAACAGGUGAGUUUUAUUCAGACUUCCAAAGACAGAAAAAAUAUAUGCUGUAGAAGAGCCUCGCUUUCAUUGAGGCAGUUCUAAAACAAAGACGUUCUGGUGGCUCUUUCAAAGCGUCUAGGGGAAAUUUCCAUUUUUAAAGAAUGCUGGUAAGUUAUUUCCUCAAAUGGUGGGUUUUUUAAAAAUCUGCUGUCAGUGACCAGCAGAUAUUUUAUCUGUAUGGUAAAUUUGGACGUGUGUUUCCCAGGUUUUCUUUAAGGGGGACAUAUUUGUACAGGUAGGAACUAGAAGAAAAACCUGAACUGAAAUAGAAAACUGGAAAAGAUAGUAAACAGACCUUGGAGGUGUUGAGAAAUUGGGAAAGAUUGGGAAAAUUCUGGAUCCCUGUUUCAGAAGAAGGGGAAAGAUUUUAAGGGCUGAACUCUUAAAAAACAAAAAUAAGACUCUUUACAAAUCAAUGUUUUUUCUUUAUAAAUCAAAUAAUCCAUCGCACUGCAUAGCUUUCAUUUUUAGAGUGUGCUUUAAGCAUGGCUCAUAAGUAACAUUUCUUUUGUUUUCAAAACAGGAAAACAUGAUAUGCAGUGAUAAGGUGAGGAAUUGGCCUUUCCUGGGUUAAUCCUCCGGAGGAUGGAAAUAUGGGUCACCACUUCCUCUCCCUUGACGUAUUUGUCAUCUGGUGGGACGGUAGCGAAUAAGCAAAGAGGGCUUUGUGUUUAACACAGUUGAGAUGCCAACGACUCCCACGUCGAGUGUGGAAACCUACCGGAGACUUCCUUCUACCGGGCUCUCACCCGGGAAGAGCAAAGGCGGUGAGUUCUAUCCUUUGCAGACCCAUUCUAGUUAUAAGGAAGAAAGAAAAGCCAUACAAGUGGCCUGUCCACUGCUGUGCUGGUAAGUUUUGAUGGUUGACAAAACCCAAGAGGGGAGAUGGGACACUUGGUAAUGUCUGCGGCACCUGCCCUCUGCACGUGGGCUGUGAGGAUGGGUAGCCCAGGGCAGGGGUCAGGAACCCUGGGCUUACUUCUAGAUCCACACGUGACUUCCGCGUAGCACUGGAAGUCUCAACUCCUUUCUCCACCUUUUAAAUGUUGGCAGCUAGGAGUCUAUUUGCUAGGAUCCCACUAACUUUUUAAUCUAUGAAAUGUCAAGGUUGUUGAAAAAUAGCCAUCUCUGUAUUUAUCACUACGUUACAGUAGCCAGUCCUACUCAUUAUUUACUCUGGUCCCCCUUGGGGUUCAAAAGAAACACAUGGUUUGGAAGGGUUAUGAGUGACAAGGGGACAUGGCAAAACAAUGCCUCUUGGUUGGCAGGGAGGGAGCAGGGUGAAUGACCUAUUCAGGAAGAGCACGGAGUCUCCGAGCUUUGUGGUCAUGAUAAGCUAUGAAUCAUUCUCAGAACAGUGUGCCUCAAGCAUGGCCAGAGGCCUGCCCGAGUUCCUGGUACUUGUACGUCUUUCUGUGUCCUUGGCACACUCUUGAAGUUAACCUCAAAAUACCCCGAACCUGGCUCUGGUCCGCCCUUAAGGCUGUUAACUGCCUUUCUGAACUACAACAUAAAAGGGAACUCAUACUGUAGCAGUAGUUGCUUUCUAGAAACGCACUUCACCGUUAUUGGAACCCAAGCCUUGCUGUGAUAUUGAGAAAAUAUAGGGCUGAGAGAGAAAAGAUGUAGAUUCGAGGCCUAGUGGUACCAUUUAAAUAGCUGUGUGACUGCAGAAUCUCUUGUCUCUGUACCCAGUUUCCCUAUGGGCAGAGUGGUGACAAUUCAGUGAUGACUACAUGCGUAAAAAUGUUUUGUAAAUUAUGUCAGGCAAAUGGAAGAGAUUGUUGCACAGCAACUAUGAAUAUGGGCCAGAUUCACCUCAGUUUCCCUUCUGCAAGAUGGGAAUGAGAAAAGUGUCCUCUUGCAGUGAAGACAUAGGUAGAUGACGCCACCCAGGAGAUGAAAAGGGUCAGGAUCACCUUGGACGUCUCCAGCUUAGGGACAGGCAGAGGCUUCUGAAAGAUUCUUUUAUGGGCAGAACAAGACCAGACCAGACUCGACUCCUUUGUUUUUUGUAGUUUUAUUUGCCUUGCUUCUGCCAAUGGUUUCAGACCUGGUCAGGGUUCCACAGCCCCCCUGGCAUCUCUGGUGGCAGGCAUGUCGCUCUCUUAUCUGCGGCAGAAGUAGAGGGGGGAGGAAGGGGGUACAACAGUGCUAUGAGGGAACUCGAGGCCCUUUCGGCUGGGAUCGCCAGGGAGACCUGCCAUCCCCUUCAGGGUGGCCCCCUUUCCUUUGAGCUUCGGUCCUUUUCUCUCUCACUCUCUGGAGUUAAGUGGGCGUGACUACGAGCAGAGGUGGCUGCUUGGGUGUCCCAUGUCCUCAGGGGCUUCAGUGAUAAGACUCGUGCACAAGUGAAGAAUGGAAGCCAAGCAAGCAAACUACUAGGGCUUGAACCCGCUUACACGAAAGCACUUUAAUUGACAGUAUACAAUUUCCCAAAAUAUACUUUCAUAAGAAAAUGGCAAUAAUUAAGAGUUUUUACAAACAAGUUUCUCAGUAAAUUCCAGUGUACUUUAGACCCCUGUCCACUAAGACACACGCUCCCCCUGUCUGCCGGGCAAACUGUUUAACAUUCACCAAGUUAAAAAAAGACCCACAGCAAACUGUAAUCCCCUCCUUUCACUCAGUGUUGGGUUUUCACUAAACCCGAGUGAAUCAGCUAAUAACAAGGUUGAAACACACCACGCCUUUACUCUCCCCCCCUCUCCCUGGUCUGGUUCCCUUUGAUCCUUAGUCCUACUGGUAGAAGCUCUUUAUGUGAAAGCUCAUUCAAAACUAUUUCUUGGCAGAAAAGAAUUGUUCUUAGACCUACACAGCUCAGAAGAUGUACAGCAGAUCACUAAGCUUCCUACUUUGUCUUCAUGCUCUCCCAGGCUUUGCUACAGGACAUUUGGGAAGGGAAUUCUGUCCUUUGUGUCAUUCUGGUGCCUGCCCUUCAUUAGCAGUCCUUAAUUUGUUGAUUCUGAGGCACACAGCACUGGACAGUCUUCCAACCCAGGUUUUAAUCCUGUUUCUGUCACUAAACAUGUGAUUUUGGCCAAGUCACUUUAUCUUUCUGGGCAUCAGGCUCUUUAUCUGUUUUGUUU